AUGGAACUUGAGAAAAAUGAUGACUUUAGUGUAGUGGAGCUAGAUAUUAGAUGUACUGAAGCACAAAAAUUGGCAAUUACAGAACCAUCCUUGCCUAAUAGCUUGAUCAAUAUAGUGGCGGGCCCAGGAACUGGUAAAACAAAAACCCUUUGCGAUAGAGUUGCAUAUUUAUUGGGUAGUGGACUCAAGCCAAACGAAAUUGUAAUAUUCAGCUUGACUAACCAGUCUGUUAAUGAUUUGAAGAACAUUUUAAAAGAAACAAUUGGUGAAGAAUUAGCAUCUUUGAUUUGUAUAACCACAUUCCACUCUUUUGCGUAUUCAAUAGCAAUGAGUGAUUCCCCAUUUUGGCAAAUGCUGACAGAGUCUAAACUACUAGGAACUGAUGUUAUUUCUCACGUCUUAAAUUCCAUCUCUAUAAAUAGUAGGGGAAAACAUAAAGUAUCAGUUCGCAAUGAUGAAUUCAAGCUUGUUGAUAAACUGAGUCCACGUGCAAUUAGUGCAUUGAAAGUGACAGAUUCUAAACUUUAUGUCAGGUAUCUAUCAUCUCCAUCUGCUACAGGAGCUUUAUUAAAAAAUGAGAAUUUUCUUUAUGAUAAGCUGAUUCAUGAAAUGACUCAGUUGUUAUCAUUGCACAAUAGGGGACUAAUUGAAAUAGAAACCAACGGCCUUCUCAAGGUUAACGAAAUAAAGGAAAUUAUUGUUGAUGAAUUUCAAGAUGUUUCUUAUGUUGUUAUGGAUUUCAUUUUAGAACUUGCUAAAGAUAAGCAACUCACCAUAGCUGGCGAUAUAGACCAAUCUCUUUAUGGGUACAGUGGUGCUACACCAGAUGCCAACAUAAAUCGGACCGUACCGAUGUAUAAACAAGAAGGAUUCCAUUUAAAGGAAAUUGUCCUAGAUCGCACCUUUAGAUUUACUGAUUCAAUUCAUAAGUUAGGUCUGAAUAUCCUCAAUACCGGUCAUUCUCUGAUUCAAGAAACAGUGUCAGAAGAAAAUAUAAAUGUCGUAAGAGAAGAAUUUUCGAACACUUAUGAAGAAUUUGAGUUUAUUUAUAAAGAAAUCAAGUUUUUGAUCGAGAAUUCGGAAGGUAAUAUCAGACCUAAACACAUUGCUGUACUGUCGGGCACUAACGAUUCAUUGGAUGAGCUGAAAAUGUAUCUCGAUAACAAAAAUGGGCCUUUUAAGUGUAGGAGAUUGACUGGUACUUCAUUAUGGACCAAUUCAAAAAUUUCGACCAUUAUAACUUUGCUGAAAUUACUGGAGAAUCCGUACAAUGAUGCUAGCUUUUUAGUCUGUUUGAGCUUAUUGCCUAAAUUUGGGCCUAAAACAAUAAUUGAUAUAAAAGAUGGCACCAAAAACGGGAAACAUGUUUACGACGUUUUGAAGGAUACCCCAAGACUAUUGAAAAUCCUACCUUCCGAUUUUUUUGUCAAUUUCGAUAAGGUCGUAGAAAAUACUGAUAAAAGCGAUCCAUCCUCCAUAAUUUAUAAUCUGACUGAGCUUUGUAAGCUCUUCAACUUUCCCAAGAAAUUGGAAGACAAUUGGCUGGUAAUACUAAGCAAUUUUCUUGAAGACUUGUUUGCUCGGUUAAAGGUUAUAUCAAAUACAAGUGGGGAAAAUACAAACAUUUUGCAACAAUAUAUCUCAAAUUAUCAAAAUGAGGUUUACAAUUGUGAACGGAAUACUUCAGCCACUACAUGUGAAGCUAUUUCAUUAUCUACAAUUCAUUCUGCGAAAGGCUUACAGUGGGAUAUUGUGUUUAUACUCACCACAAACUGUUACAACAAACAAGGUAUUCAGGCAGUCGAUUCAAGAACUCAAUACGUCGGGAUAACACGUGCAAAGCAUUUACUAUAUUAUAAUAAGUCAAAGUUUGAUAACUUUAAAUACAUCGAUACAAAAGUCGAUAAGGUUGUAGAGCAGAGUUUUGUGAAAGUUAAAUACGGUAAAACUAUUGCCGAUUACAUACCGGAACUGAAGGCAUACUGUAAAACGAACCAUCUUAACAUUAUGCCCGUGUUCACUAAGUCUUUCAACAAAAGUGAGAAUUCAAAAGUAUUGAUGGAGCUGAUUGGAAACAUGAAAAAAAGAGCUGCGUUUCAUGUAUCGUACCCACAGAUACCAAAAAUGAUUACAAGAUUGGGAAAAUUAGUCUCUAAAUAA